UUUGACUUUAACUGUAAAGCGAUGCCAAAGUCUACACCAAUUUUAGGGAAAAUAUUAAUCGGUGGCGGAACCGGUUUUAUCGGCGGUAAUAUUGCCAACGCUUUGCGGGCCAUCGGUAGUGAUGUUUGGAUUGUCUCGCGAAUGCCCGGCAAUCAACACAUCACUUGGAGCGAUAUAAAUAAUAAGACAUUACUGGACGGCACACAAGCGGUCAUCAACGUCGCCGGUCAGAACGUGUUGGACGCGCGGCGCAAAUGGACAGAAGGAUUCAAACAAAAUGUAAUCAAUAGUCGGGUAGAGACUACUAAAGUGUUGGCCAAUGUAAUCAAACGUAUGAAAAGUCCGCCAAAAGUUUAUGUUACCAUUUCUGGAGUCGGCUUUUACAAGCCUAGUCUUACGGCUGAGUAUACCGAAGACAGUGAGAGCGGCGAUGACUUUAUGGCAGACUUAUGUCGACAAUGGGAAAGAGCAUCUCUUUUACCACCAGAGUUGGGCGUCAGGAAUGUUAUCAUUAGAUCGGGUGUUGUUUUAGGACAAUACGGCGGAAUUAUCAAACAAAUAUAUCUGCCCUUUUGGUUUGGUUUGGGUGGUCCCAUAGCAUCGGGAAAACAGUACUUCCCGUGGAUACAUAUCGAAGAUAUGAUUAAUCUAUUUAUGUUUGCUAUUGAAGAAGAUCACGUCACCGGUGUCUUAAAUGGUGUGUCGCCACAAAUCAUUACAAAUUAUGAGUUUACUAAAGCAUUGGGUCGGGCAUUGUGGAGACCUACUGUUAUACCAUUGCCUGAGUUUGUCGUUCAAAAAUUGUUUGGCAAAGAGAGAGCCGUUAUGAUGACUGACGGCCAGAAAGUCAUACCUAAAAGGACUUUAGAUUUAGGCUUCAAAUACUUAUAUAGUGAUAUCGACAAUGCCUGUAAACAUGUCGUCUAAU